GUCCGGCGGGGGAUCGAAUGUCUGGCCGGAAACUCGGCGCAUCCGCCCGCUGUUCUCGCUGUCAGGAGGCAUCGGGAAACUGAAGAGGGGGAGGCAACGUGUUGUGAAUACAGAAGAGCGCAACUAUUGACACCUCGAGCCCACCAGUCUGCCGCGCGCCUGGAUAAAGCGAAAAGGACAUCGGAUACAGGAAUCGGCUUCACAUCCAGCAGUGACUCAGCCACAAUCCGCAGAUGCGUAUUUGACAGCUGAGUAUCUUCUCCUUAUCUUUUUAUUGGGGGGGGGGCUCCAUCCCUGAGGUGAAAUCUGGCUGUCUGCCAGCGGGUCUCCUCGAAGCGCACAGGAAACAAAUAGAGCUGCCCAAAUAAUAAAACAAACUAAGAAAGAAAGACACCACACAGAGACCCGUCUGUGGCUCUGAUAUGCUCUAAGUGUUGUUUUUUUUUUCAUUGGACUGGACCUGUAUCAUGGCUUCGCUGUACCAGAGAUUCACCGGGAAGAUCAAUACCGCCAAUUCCUUCCCGCACCCACCUGAGGCCAGCCGGCUCCUCGGCGGACAGGUCGCAGACGAGGAGAACGCGGUGAAGAGCCCGCAGCAGCAGGUCGUCGACGGCAGGGCUCACGUGCCGUACCGCAAGAAAUGCGUGCGGGAGGAUGAGGCUGACCUUGUGGGCAGCGCGCCGCCUCAGAGGAACUGGAAGGGGAUCGCCAUCGCCCUGCUCGUCAUCCUCAUCAUCUGUUCCCUGAUCGUCACCUCCGUCAUCCUGCUGACGCCUCGGGAAGAUGACAGCCUUGCCCUUAAAAAGAAAGUGACGAUCGAGGAUGUCUUCGGUCCGGACCUUCACAUCCAUGACCCCGACGCCAAGUGGCUCAGCGACAAUGAGUUGCUGUAUCGUACGAGGGACGGGAACGUUAUCAAGCUCAACGCUGACACAAAGGAGGGAAUCGUCGUCGUGCCCAACCAGUUGUUUGACAGAUCUAAGGCCGACAAGUACCAAGUAUCUCCAGACAUGCUCCACGUGUUGUUCGCCUUUGACGUGAAACCGAUCUACCAACACUCCUACGUGGCCAAGUACAUUAUUUACAGCCUGGUGACGCAGGAAACUUGGCCCCUGAAUCCUCCUGAGGUGCAUGAGGCCGGCCUGCAGUACGCCGGAUGGGGACCCCGGGGCCAGCAGCUGAUCUUCAUAUUUGAAAACAACAUCUACUACAAAACGACAAUCGAGAGCCGAGCGCUCCGCCUGGUUUCCACCGGUCAAGAGGGACUCGUCUUCAACGGCCUCGCUGACUGGCUGUACGAGGAGGAGAUCCUUCAGACCCACAUCGCCCACUGGUGGUCUCCAGAUGGGCUGCGGCUGGCCUACAUGACCAUCAACGACUCACUGGUGCCGAAGAUGGAAGUCCCAUUUUUCACAGGAAUGCCGUACCCUGCCAACCUGGAGUAUCACUACCCAAAGGCCGGGGAAGAAAACCCUGUAGUGCACCUGUCCGUGGUGAGCCUCAACGGACCUCUGCACACGGUGGUGAUGAAGAAACCUGACGACCCCCGGAUAGGGAGGGAAUAUUACAUCACCAUGGUGAAAUGGGCCACCAGCACCAAACUGGCCGUCAACUGGCUGAACAGAGCGCAGAACAACUCGAUCCUGACGCUGUGCGAGGCCACAACUGGAGUCUGCAUCAAGAAACAUGAGGAUGAGAGUGAGAGCUGGUUGCACAGACAGAAUGAAGCGCCGCUCUUCUCCCAUGGCGGCCACAAGUUCUUCUUCACCCGAGCGAUACCUCAGGGUGGGAGAGGAAAGUUUUUCCACAUCUCCAUGUCUACCUCAUUGCCUAACACAAGCACAGACAUCCUCCAGUCCCUGACCUCUGGAGACUGGGACAUCACCAGCAUCUUGGCCUACAAUCAUGAAAGAAACCUCAUAUACUUUCUGAGCACAGAGGAUGACCCCAAGCGACGGCACCUUUACAGCGCCGACACAAUCCCCCCCUUCAACCGCUGCUGCCUGUCUUGUGAGUUCAAGUGCGGCUACGUGGACGUUUCGUUCAGCCACAACAUGCAGUACUUCCUACUCAACUGUAAAGGACCAGAUAUACCGAGUGUGGCAAUCUACAGCACAGAGGACAAACAGAAGGUGUUCGACGUGGAGACAAACGCCAGAGUAAACCACACGUACAGCAACAUGCAGAUGCCCAAGGUCGAGUACAAGACCCUCACCAUAGAAGACUACACGCUGACGAUGCAGAUCCUGAAGCCAGCUGGAUUUGUAGAUACCGCCCACUACCCCUUACUGCUGCUGGUGGACGGUACGCCCGGGGGACAGAUGGUGACGGAGCGGUUCCAGGUGGACUGGGACACGGUUCUGGUCAGCAGCUUCAGCACCAUCGUCAUCCGCUUUGACGGCCACGGCAGCGGUUUCCAGGGCACCAACCUCCUCCACAAAGUGCGGAGGAGGCUGGGGAAGUUAGAGGAGAGGGACCAGCUGGAGGCCCUCAGGGUCAUUUCCGAAGAAGCCUACAUCGAUAAGAACCGAAUUGGAGUUUAUGGAAAGGCGUAUGGAGGAUAUUUAGCCACGAUGCUCUUGAGCUCUGAAGAUCCUACCCAACUCAAAUGUGGAACGGCAGUCUCGCCCAUCACGGAUUUUGAGCUUUACGCAUCUGCCUUUUCUGAACGAUACCUCGGCUUAAAGACAGAUUCCCGCGUAUACACGAAUGCAAAUUUAGCACAAAGGGCGGUUCAGCUUCUGGAAAAACAGUACCUGAUAAUUCACCCGACUGCCGACGAAAAGGUUCACUUUCAGCACACAGCCAAAUUCAUCAACCAUCUAAUCAGCGAGAAAGCCAACUACACUCUACAGAUCUACCCAGACGAAGGACACUUUCUGAACAGUGAGGGGACGCAGCAGCACCUGAGCCAGUCUCUGGUCAACUUCUUCGAGGAGUGUUUCCGGGUGCCGGAGGUGCUGAAGGACGACCAGCAGGAGGAGGACGACGACAGUUAAGCCUGCUCCCCCUGAGCACCCCCCGGCCCCUUCACACCGACCCCCACCCGGGCCAGUUACUCAAGCACAAUAUGCAACAGAUCUCUCUCUCGACCCAGUCGACCCACAACCCCCUAUCCAAUCUGACUUUAGCUAUGAAACGCAGACACGAGCAUGUGCUACCCGGGGGGGACGACUCUCCUUCCCUGAGCUGGAAACCAGUCAGACGUUGAAAUAAAUCUCUGAUGUGUGAUGUGGAAACAAAGAUUUGAAUAAAUGGACUAGUGCUCUCUCUAGUGGACAAAUAGAGGAUCAACGUGAUGCCCAUUUUUUGACAUUGACCUGUCUUCAAGUGAGCCCUUUGCAGCACAAACUACCCCCCCCUCCCCCCACAAAAAUCCAUUUAUUACCAUGAGAUGUAACUUUUGAGAGGCUGACACUUUCCCAUAACCUUUGCAAACUGACUUCCUGAUUGUUGGUCUGAUAACUGCUACUUGUUUCUCCGAAUCCCUGCUCGUUGUCUCACAGUAGUACCGUGGAUGUCCGGCUGCAUCAGGUCAUUUCGUUGCUUCAUAAAACGAGGGCACAUUUAAACAUCUCCCUCGCCCUGUACAUGUGGAUCGAACUCUUCUUUUAGUCACUGUGCCUUAAUGUGGGUGAAUGUUCAUGUUAGGAGCCCACACGAUGCUGAGGAGUGAUCCUUUGUCCGAAACUGGUUGGAAAAUGUUAAGUAUGAAUCAUUUUUUAUCUAAGACCAUGGUGGAAAAGGUGAAUAUGAACUACCGUGUCUGCUUGAAAGACUACUUGAAGAGUUAUACCCAAACAAAUGUUUAAUAAUAUUUCGUUUGCAGAUCUUUACCUCCCAAACUUGCAUACUAGUGAGUCAACUAUGAUGAACCUUCGUUAUUUUGUGAUUUUCUUUGCCUUGUGUGUUAAAUGGCUUGACUCCUCUCUCUCCCCCCCCCCCCCCCCCCCACAUGUCUGUUCUGUCAGUAUUGUCAGUGGUUUCUAGUCAGCUGAUGUACAAAGUGUAUAAAUCUUAUAUUGUUUAAGUCUUCAUGUUGUAUGUGCAACUUGUAUAUAAAGCAUUUUGAAAUGUU